AUGGGCAACGUCUGGGCCGCCGGGUCCCCCCGCCCCCACGGCGCCCCUCCCCCUCCUGCCCGUGCCCCCGGCUUUGGGGUCCACCCCCGUGAGCGGCCUAGGGGGUCUGGGGCCCCCAGCCCCGCGGAGCCCCCUGGGGGCGACCCCCUGCCCAACCCAGGGGCCUUCGAGGAGUGUCACCGGCGCUGCAAGGAGCUGUUCCCCGUGCAGAUGGAGGGGGUGAAGCUGACAGUGAACAAGGGGCUCAGCAACCACUUCCAGGUGAACCACACGGUCGCUCUCAGCACUUUGGGGGAGUCCAACUACCAUUUUGGGGCCACCUAUGUGGGCACGAAGCAGCUGAGCCCCACUGAGGCCUUCCCGGUGCUGGUGGGGGACAUGGACAACAGUGGGAGCCUCAACGCCCAGGUGAUCCACCAGGUGACGGGGAGGCUCCGCUCCAAGGUGGCCUUCCAGACCCAGCAGGCGAAGUUCGUGAACUGGCAGGUGGACGGGGAGUAUCGGGGGGGCGACUUCACGGCUGCCCUGACCCUGGGGAACCCCGACAUCCUGCUGGGAUCAGGGAUCCUGGUGGCCCAUUACCUGCAGAGCGUGACCCCCACCCUGGCGCUGGGGGGGGAGCUGGUCUAUCACCGGCGCCCAGGAGAGGAGGGGGCCGUGGUGUCCCUGGCUGGGCGUUACACAGCCCCCACGUGGAUCGGGACCCUCACGCUGGGGCAGGCGGGGGCUCACGCUACCUACUACCACCGAGCCAGCGAGCAGCUGCAGGUGGGAGUGGAGUUCGAGGCCAGCACGAGGCUCCAGGAUUCCAGCGUCGCCUUCGGGUACCAGCUGGAGCUGCCCCGGGGGAACCUGCUGUUCCGGGGGUCCCUGGACAGCUCGUGGCAGGUGGGGGCAGUGCUGGAGAAGAAGCUGCCGCCGCUGCCCCUCACCUUGGCGCUCGGGGCCUUCCUGAACCACCGCAAGGACAAGUUCCACUGUGGCUUUGGCCUCACCAUCGGCUGACGGGUCCCACCCUCCUCAUCCUCACCUUCGGCCUCGCCAUCGGCUGAGGGCCCUCGUCAUCCUCUUCAUCCUCACCUUCGGCCUCGCCAUCGGCUGAGGGCCCUCGUCAUCCUCUUCAUCCUCACCUUCGGCCUCGCCAUCGGCUGAGGGCCCUCGUCAUCCUCUUUAUCCUCACCUUUGGCCUCGCCAUCAGCUGAGGGACCUCAUCAUCAUCAUCCAUCCUCAUCCUCACUAUUGGCUGAAGGUCCUCCUUGCUCUCCUCAUCCUCACCUUCGGCCUCACUGUCGGCUGAGGGGUCCCACCCUCCUCCUCCUCGGCCUCACCAUCAGCUGAGGGGCCGCAUCAUCAUCCUCACCAUCAGCCGGGACCCCCAUCCUCCUCCUCGUGCUCUUCAUCGCUGCCGUCCUGCUCAUCAUCACUCUCAUCAUCCUCAGCCCCUUUCCCCCUCCUCCUCACUACCCUCACCCUCUUCCUCCUCCUCCUCUCCAUCUUCAUUUUCCUCCUUCUCUCCCUGGCCCCCCCCAGCUGCCGGCAGCCCCCCCUCCCUUCCAAAGCCAUUUUUGGUGGUUUUCCCCCCUGCACCUGGACUCGCCCCCCUCCCCUCAGGAGUUGAGGAGGGGGGAGACCAAUUCUUGCCACCCCUUCCCCCAGAGGACCCCUCAGAGACUGGAUGGAUUUUGGGGUUCAAGGGGGGGUCACAAGGAGACCAGACCCCCACCCAAAAAAAAAACACUGGGGGGCCUCUCAGUGCCCCCCCCCCACCAAACAAAGAUUGGGGGGCCCCCUCUCAGCAAGGGGGGCUCCCAAUAAAGCAACUGGCCUCGGG